GGCAGAAUUUAUUUAAUUCUUGAGAGUUUUAUUACUCAUAGGCUGCCACGUUCAACCUGUGCACAACGUUCCUAUUAAUAAUGAUAUUAGUGAAGCUAGGCAGCUUCAUGUUCUACCGUGACAUGGUAAUGGACUUGAUUCGUUCCGCCGAGAGGAAUUUUUGGAGUGCCACUUAUGACGAGGUUGGCACUCGAAUCCUAGAAGGAUAUGACAGGCUAGGGAUGACUAUGACUUACACUUUUACGUUCAUCGUUUACGUGGCGACUUUAAAUUACAUCUUCGCACCUUUUUUCGAGCAUGAAGCAAAAAACGAAACGGAGAAAAUUCUACCUUUCAAGCUGUGGAUUGACUUUCCAUAUCACUCACCGUAUUACGAAGUCACUUAUGUUAUACAGUCACUUUCGACAAUACAUUCGGGUAUCUGCACUUUCUGCUUUGACAAUUUUGUAAGCACGUUCAAUAUUCACAUUGCCGCGCAACUGAAAAUCUUGGCUCACAAAGUAAAAGUCAUCGCUGAGGAUUGCAUCGAGGAUACGAUGGAUCAGAAAUGUCCAUUGGAAACGAAUGUUGCGGUUGUAUCGUUCAAGAAACUGCAGGACUGUGUGCAGCACCACAUCACGCUCAUAUCUUACGUGCGUAAUAUGCAACGCGUGUUCGCUAUUAUAUUGCUCGGACAGUUGCUGCUCUCCAGCGUAGUCCUCUGCUUCGGUGGAUUUCAGUUUCUCGCUGCGGAUAUGAUUAUCAGAAAGUGCAUUUUUGCCUUCCAUUUCGUGGGCGGUCUUAUCCAGCUGUUUAUUUAUACGUGGACGUCCAAUGACAUAAUUGUGCAAAGUGUGGGUAUUUCCGACGCCGCUUACAAUUCCAAAUGGUACCUUUUACCCGACAACGAUCUAGGCAGGGCGGUGAAGAAAGGGCUAAUUAUGAUCAUGAUCAGAGCACGCCGGCCGUGCAAGUUAACCGCUGGGAGUUUCACGGUUAUGUCCUUGGACACUUUCAUGGGGAUAUUAAGUACAGCGGCGUCGUACUUUACGUUAUUACGACAAAUGAGUGAGGAUAAUAUAUAGUUAUAAAAUAUAUAGACCUACAGAAGGAAAUCCUAGUUGCUAGCUAGUGUUGAAAUUGAAAAAAUUUAUUUUAAUAUCUACAUCAUAUUUAAUUAAUGAAGUAUAUGUAUAUGCUUAAUUAAAUUCUACAUUCGAAAGGACGAACCUCGUACAUCAUUCGAAUCUUUUCUGUCGAUAAGACGAUUAAAUCAAUAUCUUUAAAACAAUAUUAUCUUGGACGUUUCAAGGAUUAAUAAAUAAAUUUACAUUAACAUUACAU